UCAAGGAAUCCCUUUACCAGGCUCUUAGUUUUCCUAGUACAUCACGGCCUUGGUUUCGGUGCAUCUCGAAAAGAAGCCUGAGAGUCAGCCCUUCUCCCUGAUCCACCGAUUUCAAGCCCAGCUCCUCCACGGCCAUGUAUAUCCGUGUCAAGCGUAAUAAGACAACUUACUUUAUCCAGUGUGAACCGACUGAAACUGUUUUGGAUAUCAAGCAGAAAUUGCAUGUUCUUAUUGAUCAACCAGUAAAUGAUCAGUGUUUGACCCUAAUGAACGACGGGCAAACAGGGCAAGUACUGGAGGAUCAAAAGACAUUGGCAGAUGAGAAGGUGGAAAAUGAUGCUGUCGUGGCAUUAACCUUGAGAAAAGAUGACAAUGAGUUUGAAGAGGUUAACAUUGUACGGCCAAGUGAUUUCUACCAAUCGCGUGAGGGCGAUGGCGGCAAUUGGUGAAGUCGGGAACUCGCCCUUGCCAAUAGAGAAAGUGUAGGUGCAUUUGUCCACCCUUUUAGCCAUGACCCAUCUUCUAAUACAGUGAUAUAGUCCUAUACUCGAUUGAAUAAUAGACAAGAAUUGUAUCUACACUUUAGGGAUAUCAAUCUUGGGAUUUGGCGUCGUGAUUUCAUGCUGCUUAUCAAAGCAACAGAGUGAAGUGUCUUGAGCCAACACUUCAUGCAAUGGUCAUCGAACACAAAUUGUGCUGAAAGAUGUUUGUACUUUUGUUCGUUUGCAUUGAGUUACAUACCUUCUCUUUUUUGUUUUGUUU